UGUUGUUGUUGUUGUUAUUUGUUGUUGAUGGUGCAAUAUUUCAAUCAUUAUAUUUGCACGAUUUGUUGAACGAUUUUAUUGGAACAAUCAUCAAUUCAUGGAUAAUUUUGAUGACCAAAAAUUACUGCCUAUUCGGAGCAAUGAUUACAUUAAACUUAAUGUUGGUGGAACAUUGCAUUAUACAACGAUCAGUACGUUGACCAAAGUGGAUUCAAUGUUAAGGGCAAUGUUUAGUGGUCGUAUGGAUGUAUACAAAGAUGAUGAAGGUUGGAUUCUAAUCGAUCGUUGUGGUAAACAUUUUGGUAAAAUUUUAAAUUUCCUACGUGAUGGUAGUAUUCCAUUACCCGAUAAUCAACAUGAAUUGACUGAACUUUUAAUUGAAUCCAAAUAUUAUCUGAUACAAGAUUUGAUCGAUAUUUGUGAAAAUGCUUUGAAAAAACACAAAGAAUGUAAAAUCAUGGAACCUGUCUGUUCUGUACCGUUGAUACGAUCAAAAUCUGAAGAAUCCAAAUUGUUAGCAUUGACCAAUAAACCAGCCAUUAAAUUGAUAUUUAAUCGACAUAACAAUAAAUAUUCCUAUACUAGUGCAUCGGAUGAAAAUCUUUUGAAGAAUUUGGAUCUAUUUGAUAAACUUUCAUUGAAAUUCUGUAAUCGUGUUCUAUUCAUGAAAGAUAUUGUUUGUAGUAAUGAGAUUUGUUGUUGGAGUUUUUAUGGUAAUGGAAAAAAAGAUGCCGAAAUUUGUUGUACAUCGAUCGUAUAUGCUACUGAUAAAAAACAUACAAAAGUAGAAUUUCCUGAAGCUCGUAUCUAUGAAGAAAUGUUGAAUAUUCUAUUAUAUGAGAAUAAUAAAAACAAUUUCGAAACGGAUAUUAUGUUGGCCACUACAAGUAGUAGCAGUAAUAGUAGUGGAAGAAUUUCGGCUAACAACAAAAAUGAAGAUAAAACGAAAGAAGAAACGUAAACUAAUCAAUCAACCGAUGGAUAUUUAUAGAUGAAAAU